AUGUCGACUUCCCAGUUAAGAAAUGGACCAUCUCUAUUUGAACCAAUUGUUCCAUCGAUUGAGCCAUUACAAUUUAAAUUGAAAAUUGAUUCUGAUAAAGCUGUUACCGCUUUCCCAAUCUAUAAUGCAGGUGAAAUACCUGAAUCUCUUUUAGACUUCAUGCAUAAUAUGUUCAAUGAGGAAAUUUUAAGAGGCGAUACGUAUCCAUAUUUUAACGUCUUAACUAAAGAAGAAUUUGUUAAUUACUGGUUUAGUUCCUUUACUGCUAUUUUAUUAAACACGGAUAACACUUCUCUUUUAGUCGAUCUUGUUGCAAACAAAAGUGAAAAGGAUGUCACCUAUUGGAAUGAAAUGCUAUUAGGUACAUUUUACAUCAAACCAAAUUAUAGUGGAAGAUGCUCACACAAUUGUAAUGCUGGGUUCUUAGUAAACUAUCAUCAAAGAGGCCAAAAGAUUGGUUACAGAUUAGGUCAAAUUUAUUUACAAUGGGGACAUUUGCUGGGUUACAAAUACUCUAUAUUCAAUUUGGUCUUUGUAACUAAUGUCGGCAGUUGGAAAAUCUGGGAUAAAUUAGAAUUCGACAGAAUUGGUCUUGUUCCAAGAGCUGCUAUCUUGAAAGGUUAUGAUGAACCAGUCGAUGCUAUAAUUUACGGUAGAGAUUUAACAUCUGUUAAGGAAGAACUAUUAAAUGAUUUUUAUAAAGUUUAA